AUGACAAGAACUCAAGUUCAAACACGAAACAAACUUAAGUUCAAAAACACCACAAACUCAAGUUCAAAAACACACAAACACAAGUUCAAAAACACCAAAAAAGUUCAAACACAAAAACUCAAGUUCAAAGACAAUACAAACUCAAGUUCACCAAACACGCAACUCAAGUUCAACCAAAACCUGAUUCUCAAGUUUAACCUUUUCCAAAACCUCAAGUUCAAAAACAACAGAAACUCAAGUUCAAUAAUCACACAAUCUCAAGUUCAAACACAACACAAACUCAAGUUCAACAAACACACAAACUAUAGUUCAAAAACGACACAAACUCAAGUUCAAACACGACACAAACUCAAGUUCAACAAACACACAAACUCAAGUUCAACCAACACCUGA